AUGCUUUCUUUCUUCAAUUUUGUCUCGCGCGGGGGCCUUGCUGCCGCCUUGGGAUUACCCGCCCAACCAAGUAAGUUGCACAAGAAAACAGAACAGCAGCAACUCACUCCUCAUUUCCUCAGAGUAAGAAGCCGCAGCUUCUCUUCUCUUGCACUCAGGCAGUCUCUGUUAAAGUGGGAAGUCAAGGCUUUUUUUCUUGUGGAGUGUUUUGCUGAAAGAUACUUGGGGAGAGCCACAACCUCGACUAACCUUCUAAGAAAGAAUUGUGGACACGCAUGGCAAACAAUCAAAACCUUCAGGGACAAUGAAGAACUUCAGAGAGGUACAACUAUUGCUCCAGAGCUUUUGACCGCAAUUGAACAAUCAAGGAAAGACAUGGCAAAGGUGAGGCAAUGGAGAGAAGCUUUAUUCAAAGUGGCUAAUUUCAGUGGGUGGACUUCUAAGGAUAGGUAUGAAACAGAGCUUAUCAAAGAAAUUGUGGUAGUAGUAUGGAAUAAAGUGCAUCCCAUGUUGUUAGGUUCCGCCAAUAACUUGGUUGGAGUUGAUUUUAGAGUAAAGGAAAUAAAUUUGCUUUUAGAUGCUGAGGCAAAUGAUGUUCGCUUUAUAGGGAUAUGGGGGAUGGGUGGGAUGGGUAAGACAACCAUUGCUAGAUUGGUUUACGAGAGAGUUUUCCAUAAUUUUGAAGUUAGCAGCUUUCUUGCAAAUGUAAGAGAGGUUUCUGCAAAACAUGGUCUAGUUCAUCUACAAAAAGAACUUCUUUCCCAGAUCUUGAAGAAAGAAAGUACAAAUUUUUGGGAUGUUUAUAGUGGAACCAGUAUGAUCAAGAACUAUUUAUGCAAUAAAAAGGUUCUUCUCAUUCUUGAUGAUAUCGACGAAUUAAACCAACUGCAAAUAUUACUUGGGGAGAAACACUGGUUUGGUUUGGGGAGCAGAAUCAUCAUUACAACUAGAGAUCAACAUUUGCUGGUCACACAUGGUGUAGAAAAAUCAUAUGAGCUUGAGGGAUUAAAUGAAGUUGAAGCCCUGCAGCUCUUUAGCUGGAACGCCUUUAAAAAAGACCAUCCUGAAGACGAUUAUUCGGAACUGUCCAAGUGCUUCAUGGAAUAUGCUGGAGGCCUUCCAUUAGCUCUUACAACCUUGGGAUCCUUUUUGUAUAAAAGAAGCCGGGAUGCAUGGACUAGUGCAUUGGAUAAACUAAAGAAAGCUCCUAACAGAACAAUUUUUGGAACACUCAAAAUGAGUUAUGAUGGACUAGAUGAGAUAGAGAGAAGAAUUUUUCUCGAUGUUGCAUGUUUCCUUAAGGGAUAUAACAGGAGCGAACAAUUGAAGUACUAG